GUCUUGUUUCCUCGCUUACUUCUACACCUGCCUGCUCCCUUCCUUGCAUGCAUCCGACCCUACUCCUCUUCUGUUCACACUUACGCACUCAUAACCCUGUUUUUUCAAGAACUUCUGUCUCCAUGACUCACCAACUUAAGAAUCUCGUGAGGACCACUCUAGAUGCCAUUGGCACGACUGUCGCUGAGCCUCUCACUUCUGACUACAAGAUUUUAUCGUCAUUACCUUCUUUUCAUCAUUUCCCGAGCGCCAGUGAUGGCUUUUUCCCUUCGAGUCCUAUCCAAUUGCCAGUAGAAAAGAACGACCAAGUUCUACUUCAGCUUGGUCUAACCCGAAAGGCAAAAAUGGGUCCUAAGUUUGGUCCUGAUCCUUCACUGUUGACAAUGAAAUGCCAGGCACAGUCUGCUACAAGGCUAUGCAUCGAGAUUGAAAAUGCGGCACAUCAGGCUUGGAAAGUGCCCCACUCCAUUGUACCUCGUUAUCCACCUAGUAAUCCUGUCAAACGUCAUCAAGAGUUGGAUGAAACGCUGGACUAUGAAAUGAUUUGGAAUGAUCCUAAUUCUUUUUCUUUCACAGUCCUGCGCAAGGGGACAGGCGAAAAAUUGUUUGAUACAUCCUCCUUGGGAGUGACUAUGAAAGACCAGUACAUUGAACUUUCAACACAUCUUGGCGGCAAAGGAGAACGAGGAGGGCAGGUUGCCAAUCUGUAUGGCCUGGGUGAGAAUGUAGGCCCGCUACGCCGCCAGCCAGGCACGACGACGACGAUGUGGGCCCGUGAUAGCCCUUGCAAACCUAAUACGAACCUUUAUGGAUGCCAUCCUUUUUACAUGGAAGUCCUUCCAUCUGGCUCCGCCCAUGGUGUGCUUCUUUUAAGCUCAAAUGGCAUGGACAUUGUGUUCUCUCCAGAAGGCGACAAGCUGACUUACAAGGUUAUCGGGGGUGCUGUAGAACUAUAUAUCUUUACAGGUCCAACUCCACAGCAGGUCAUUCAACAAUAUACAGAGUUAAUUGGACGGCCUUGUAUGAUUCCCUAUUAUGCUCAAGGAUUUCACAUAUGUCGAUGGGGCUAUGAUACCCUGGAUAAAGUUAAGGACGUUGUAGCAAAAUUCAAGAAACAUUCUCUACCCCUCGAGGCCAUGUGGGUCGACAUUGACUACAUGAAGGACUAUAAAUGCUUCACUUUUGAUGAAGAACGGUUCCCAGUCAAGCAGCUAGCAGAGUAUGUGGACCAGUUGCAUGCACAAGAUCAGCAUAUGGUCAUGAUCUUGGAUCCAGGUAUCAAAGUCCAAUAUCAGUCUGGUCUUUACGAACCAUAUGAUGAAGGAGUGGCCAAGGGUUUGUUUGUCAAAAGGCGCGUCAAAGAGCUGGAAGUGGCCGAAGAUGGUACAAAGUACCACGAGGGUGAUUUGGUCGAUUUUGUUGGCAAGGUCUGGCCAGGCAAAACGACCUUUCCAGAUUGGUUCAAUCCCGGGACUCAGUCGUAUUGGACUAAAUAUAUCACGGAGUGGUAUAAGAAGGUCCCCUUGGAUGGCAUCUGGAUUGACAUGAACGAGGCAGCCAGCUUCCAUGAUGGGGACUGUUCACACAUUGAGUCAUCAGAGGAUCGUCCUAUACAACCUUCCGAUUUCGCAUUGGCGACAGUAGACCCGGAUGAAGAAGCGGAUGGCGCUGCCCGCAUAGUACAGCCACAGCAUGCGGGCGCUAACACGAAGAAGAAGACAGACCAGACGACAGACCACCACGUUGACCCAAAGGAUGCUAUUGCGCAGCACGAGCGCGAAUACGAAGAGCAGCAUGAUCCUCAUCAUCCAGAGAGAGAGCAUUUAGAGACUUCCAUCUUGUCAGCUCGCAAUAGUCCACCGCUCACUGUUGUGGAUCAACAAAAAACAAAGCCUCCGAUUAUCUAUAAACAUCCGAACCAACCGCCGUAUAAAAUUAACAAUAAUAACGAGUAUGCAGACCUAGAAUAUCGUACUAUUUCACCUGACGCUCUUCAUUACGGAGGCAUCACAGAAUAUGACGCCCAUAACCUUUAUGGCCAUAUGGAGGCGAUUGCUACCUAUAAUGCUAUGCGAUCCAUCAGACCAGACAGAAAGCCGUUCAUUUUAUCGCGCAGUACAUUCCCGGGGUCAGGUCAAUUUGCGAGCAAAUGGAAUGGCGACAACUGGUCUGCAGAGUACGACUUAAAGGCCUCAAUCUCUGGACUGCUCAACUUUCAGUUCUUUGGUAUCAGUAUGAUCGGCGCUGAUAUUGGUGGGUUUGGAGACGCUGCUUCCGAAGAACUGUUGAUCCGAUGGCAUCAACUGGGGGCGUUUUAUCCUUUCAUGCGCAACCACAACUGUAUCACCAACCCUCCACAAGAGCCUUAUAUUACCAAGCUUCUAGGAGAUAUUACACGCAAAUACCUUGACAUACGAUAUAGGCUCCUGCCAUACUGGUAUACGCUCUUCUAUCGAUCGCACCAGGAUGGUCGUAUGGUUUGCUCGCCUCUCUGGAUCCUGGAUCCUAAGGACCAAAACCUGCUUUCAAAUGACGAGCAGUUUCUGGUUGGUGAGUCGAUCCUUGUCUCACCUGUAUUGAAGCUGAAGCAGUCCUCUGUGAAAGCAUACUUCCCACCUGGACGUUGGUAUGAUCUGCAUUCUGGUCAACUUGAGGUCUUUGUGGAAUCAAGCAGCAAAUUCUUAACAGUGGAGGCACCUCUGGAAAAAAUUCCGCUUCACCUUGCUGGCGGCCAUAUCCUGCCUCGUGCGGGAAUUGUGCCUGAUGCCUUUAUCGGGACCACCACGCAGGUCAGGAAAGCGCCGAUUCAGAUCCUAGUUGCCUUAGAUGAGACAGAUUGUGCCCGAGGAGAGUAUUAUCAUGAUGAUGAUUCAUUUAAGGCUGCAGAUGGUACGCUGGUCAAAUUCCAUGCAAGGCCAGGCUUCCUCAGUAUGUUCUCAUAUAAUGCUAAGAGUUUUGUCGAUCCCGCAAAGUCGAGUCAAAACGAAAAACCUGCUGAAAUCGACGAUGACACUACGAUUGCACCUCACGGCAGCCGCAACCUUCGACCUACCAAUGUACAAUCGGUCCUGAUUUGGGGCAUUGGCCUAAGCAGAGUCGAACCAAACAAGGUCCUCAAGACGGGAACAGUAUCGUCACCAUGCCAAAUUGAGUCUCAUCAAAUCCGUGUUUCGAUCGUGGAUCCUGUGACACCACCAUCAACUGAGUCAAUUCAACACCAGCGCGAACUUAGCGCGGUUCCAGCAGAGGAGAUCUUGAUCACUUGGAAUGCAUCCAAGGCGCAACUCCUAGUUGAGUUUAAGCGUCCCGGCGGUCUGCAGAUCCUGGGCAACCAAGCCCUUGAGGUUGACUGGACAGAGGCCUUGGUGGCCUGAAAUUAAAAUUUAGAUGAUCGAUAUUAAAUUAGGCAUAGUUGUGCACGUGAUAUCAAUUAUAUUGCUUGU